CCGGGGUCAUCGCCUUCGGUUGGACUUUUUAUUUUUUUCCUUUUGAAAGAACUGGUUGGAUGCUAGCGCUUCAGCUCGCGACCAAUCGGAAGUGAGCAUUUUUCGCGCUGGUCUGACUCCGGGUUUGAGUUUCCCGCAAGCUUUUUCCGACUCGGUUUGAAUCAAUUCAUUCGCCUUACAAGAUGUUUACGACUAUUUUCACCCUUUAGCUUCAGCGGAGCAGAUCGGACAGCCUUGUGAGCCUGGAGGGGUUUGAUGGGAUGGACAGCAUCGGUAGCUCCUUGCCUUCAAUGCCUGAACCAGCCAACCCAGUCAGCAUGAAGCAACCGCCCGAGUCCUUGAGCGUAGGAAAAGGCCACGGGGACAUCGGCAGCGAUCCGGCUCUGCUGAUGGACAAAGCCGCGGCGCAGCUGGCCGUCACGCUGCAGGAUGGCGUCCUCCAGAAGAUGGCCGGCCACAGUCCUAACCACAGCCAGGACCGGCUCAAGGGCCUCACCUCUCUGGUGCUAAAUGGUGACCAAGAACCGCUGUCCAAGCUCUGCACUCCUGAGCCGCCMGUGCAUAAAGGCGCCGAAGCCCCCGCCACCAACGCCACCCAUCAGCUCAACUGCGAGCCCCACGCCGAACCCGAGCUGAAGGUGAUGAUCCCCCAGGUGGUCAAGCAGCCGUCGUUUGAACCGUCCUCUGCUAACGGAACCAGCCUGGUCGCCGUCACUGAAGGUGCUCUGUCUGCGCACAACGAAAGGCAAGAUGUGAAGAAAAGGAAGGGGAGGCUCCACAAACCCAAACCUCCUCCUCCUCCUCCUCCUCCGAGCUGCGGCUCCUCCGUCGUAGCUGCGGAGCCUCCGGACCGAACCGGAGCGGCUGAUAAGCCUGUUGUUGUGUCCGGACCGACGGAGGACGCGGGAGACGAGUCUCCUCCACAGACCCGGUUUUCUGUCGGGGAUCUAGUUUGGACCAAGGUGUCCGGUUACCCCUGGUGGCCCUGCAUGGUGACCACAGACCCCGAGUUCAGCUGCCACGUGAAGAAGAAACAGAAAGCUAACAGCAGGCUGGGCUGCGUUUACCACGUGCAGUACUUCGGAGACGCUCCUGAGCGAGGCUACGUCUUUGAGAAGAACAUGGUGCCUUUCACAGGAGAGGAUCAGUACCUGGAGCUGAGCCAGAGCAACAAGCAGCCGGCCUCCUGCGGCGCACACAGAAAGACGGACCCCUCUGUUCCCCGGAAGCUCCGGGCUCAGUGGAACAUGGGCAUCAUUCAGGCCAGGGAGGCCCUCGGCCUCUCGCCGGAGAGGCGCCUGGAGAUCUUCGGCUUUCGUUACGACGAAACCGGAUCCCACCUGAACCCGCACAUCCUGGAGAAGCUGAAACCAGAACAGGGCGACGAGACGGGGCGGGAACCAGAGUCCAGACCAGGUCCAGAUCUCUCCUCCCUGCUGAGCCUCGCAGCUUCUGCUCCGGACAAGUGGGCCGAACCGAUCGUACGCCUGAAGAAAAUCAGACGCCGCAGAGAUGUCCGGCCUCCCGCCAAGCCGGGCGCGAGGAAGAAGGCGUCGAGCAGGACCGGCGACCUCGUGAAGAAAACCAAAACGAGGCCGGCCCCUUCCUCUGACAUCGGUCCGGACGGAGGGCCUCCUCAGGUUUCAUCUCCAGUGAAAAAGGAGCGAAAGAGAAGGACUAAAAGGUCGCUGACAGACAGCGAGACGGAAAAAGAUCAACAGCCCAGAAAGAGGCGUAAAACCAGCAAAACCACUGAGAAACAGGCCUCAAUUUUAGAAGAUGGAAGCAAAAAAAGGAGGAAGAAAACCGAGCAGAACGGCGCGAAGGAAACGAGAAAAUGGACCAAGAAGCCGAAGGUUCCUCUGAACGGUGAGCUGAAYGCAGAGAAGCCGAAGCGUCGGAGGAAACGGAAACAAGACGUGGAGAACCAGGCGGCGAGGCCGAAGAAGAGGCGGUCCUCGGCCUGUUCUGAUCCAGAGGGUUCUGGAAGCGAAGAACGUCCCGAUUCUCCCAUCGACAGCCUGGACGGGAUGAAGAAGAGCGAGCGGAAGAAGGAGCUCGUCUGUCAGGUGUGCGAGCAGACAGGUGAGGACCUGGUUGUCUGUGAGGGACAGUGUUGUGGGACKUUUCACCUGCACUGCCUGGGUCUGAGCCUCAAACCGGACCAGAAGCUGCUGUGCCAGGAGUGCAGCACAGGAGCUCAUAAAUGCUUCAUCUGUAAGCAGCUGGAGGGCGAGGUGCGCCGCUGUCACGCGCCUCACUGCGGUAAGUUCUACCACGAGGCCUGCGUUCGCCUCAACCCGCUCACCAUGUUCGACAACAAGGGCUUCCGCUGCCCGCUGCACGCCUGCCUCAGCUGCCACUACGACUCGUGCACCAAGCUGCGCGCCACCAAAGGCCGCUUGAUGCGCUGCCUCCGGUGCCCCGUGGCGUAUCACGUGGGUGACCUGUGCGUGGCGGCAGGGAGCGAGAUGAUCACCAACACCGCCAUCGUUUGCACCAACCACUUCAACGCCAAGAAGGGCUACAGCCACCACAGCCACGUCAACGUCAGCUGGUGUUUCGUCUGCUCCAAAGGAGGACAGCUGCUGUGCUGCGAGUCCUGUCCCGCAGCAUUCCACCCGGACUGCCUGAACAUCGCCAUGCCCGACGGCAGCUGGUUCUGCAACGACUGCCGGGCCGGGAAGAAGCCCAGAUACAGGGACAUCAUCUGGGUCAAGCUGGGGACGUACCGGUGGUGGCCCGCUGARAUCCAGCACCCCAAAAACAUCCCGCUCAACAUCCAGCACCUCCGACACGAGAUCGGAGAGUUCCCCGUCUUCUUCUUCGGCUCCAGAGACUACUUCUGGACCCAUCAGGGACGAGUCUUUCCCUACAUGGAAGGAGACAGAGGCAGCAAAUACCAGAGAACCAACAUCGGCAAAGUCUUUAAGAACGCUCUGUUCGAGGCUGAAGCUCGAUUCAAAGAAAUGAAGAUAAAACGAGAGGCCAAGGAAGCUCAAGAAAGCAGCCGGAAACCCCCUCCCUACAAAUUUAUCAAGGUCAACAAGCCCUUCGGUAAGGUCCAGGUCUACACGGCCGACGUUUCUGAGAUCCCCAAAUGUAACUGCAAGCCGGCGGACGAGCGGCCGUGCGGCUUCGAGUCGGAGUGCCUGAACCGCAUGCUGCAGUACGAGUGCCACCCCCAGGUGUGUCCGAGCGGAGAGCGCUGCUGCAACCAGGACUUCACCAAGCGCCUCUACCCCGAAACCAAGAUCAUCAAGACCCCGGGCAAGGGCUGGGGUCUGAUCUCCCUCAGAGACAUCAAGAAGAGCGAGUUUGUUAACGAGUACAUCGGAGAGCUGAUCGACGAGGAGGAGUGCAGAGCCAGGAUCAAGUCCGCCCACGAGAACAACAUCACCAACUUCUACAUGCUGACCAUCGAUAAGGAUCGGAUCAUCGACGCCGGGCCCAAAGGGAACUACUCGCGCUUCAUGAACCACAGCUGCCAGCCCAACUGCGAGACGCAGAAGUGGACGGUGAACGGAGACACUCGCGUCGGUCUGUUCGCWGUCUGCGACAUCCCAGCAGGGACUGAGCUGACCUUCAACUACAACCUGGACUGCCUCGGCAACGAGAAGACCAUCUGCCGCUGCGGCGCCCCCAACUGCAGCGGCUUCCUCGGAGAUCGACCGAAGAACGGCCAAGCAGCCGAGCCGAAAGCUAAGAGGCUAAAGAGAAAAUGCAAGAAGAGAAGAAGUGAAGGGAAGAAGAAAUCUGAGGACGAGUGUUUCCGCUGCAGAGACGGAGGUCAGCUGGUGCUGUGUGGCAAAAAAACCUGCACCAAAGCUUACCACCUGUCCUGCCUGAACCUCACCAAGAGACCGUUUGGCCGCUGGGACUGCCCCUGGCAUCACUGUGACGUCUGCGGGAAGAACUCCGAGGCUUUCUGCCAACUGUGUCCAAACUCCUUCUGCAAGGCUCACCAGGAGGGGGCGCUGCGUCCCUGGCCCCCCACGGGACAGCUGUGCUGCACGGAGCAYGACGAGCUGGAGAGGACGGACCACCCGGCCCAGGCCGUCGGCUCUGAGACGAACGCCUCCGCCGCUCGUGCCAAAGGCUCCAGGAAGGCCGAGGCCAAAAACAAGGGCUCCAGGAGGAAAGCAGCCGAGGCCUGACGGGACCUUUCAGAACCAACCCGGACUCUGACAUCAUCAACCAGAUCAUGAACCGGAGGCACUGUACGCUCGCAUCAGGGAAAGCAGCUGAUCUCCAGCUCCACGUCCACUUCUUCAGCUUUUAUUUUCAGCUUUUUGUUCAACGGUGUGCGGUGAGAUGAGCGGGUCGGACAACAAUCAGACCACGUUAUUUUAGUUUGAACAUCUGGAACAACGAACAUCUGUCACCCUUCAUCAAACAGCUGAGUUUUCUAACAACAGUCAGGUUUCUCUGUUUGUCGGGAUUAAAACACCAGUAAGACACUAUGACUGAUCAGGCCUCAAAUGACCUCUGGACUUGUUUACGUAGCUUUAGCUCUCAUGUAAAUGUAGAUUUAAUUUUUGUAUUUUUACCACUUGCUUUGUUUUAGCUCCUUAUUUUUAAAGAUUCUGAUUAGUGACAGAUGUUUUCUAGAAAACAAAAUAACUAAAAGGGCUCAGACUCAAAACACUACUUAUUGAAGGACUCGCUUCCUGUCUCUUCGUUCAGUCGCUCCUGAGUUCCACGGUGCUUUCAAACGUCCCGCUUCAGCGCCUGAACGUGGAGAUGUUUUCAGGUUUGAGUCGCGCUGUGAAGAUCUGAGACGUUCUGUUCCCAGAUCCAGUUUAUUCCUCCGCAGGUUUCAGAGUCAAACACUCAUUUGUUCUGUUUAACGAGGGAAAUCACUAAUUAAAGCUUAAUGAAUCAAGAUGGGAAAUUGGAGAAAAUCACCUGACUGUCUUGGAGACUCGUUACGUCUCGCUGAAUUCUGAGGGUUUGCGAUCAGCGAGGAGAGUUUAGAACAUUUCUAGUCUUGGCUGCGCACAUUAUUUUCAAAAACAAGUUUUAGACCCAGCAGGUGUCAAAAUACAAAUCUCAAUAUUCUUGUGACAGAUUGGAAGUGAGUCGAAGAUAUAACAUCCACAAAGACCUGGAGAACCACCAAGAACGUUUUGUGAUUCUCCUCUAAAUUUCACCUUCAAAUUUACAGAAACUAAAUUGAGACAGGUUUGAGACACAUCAUCUCUGGACCUUUUUUAAAAGGAAUUUUGUUGCAAAAAUGUUCAAAAAUCAAGCAACAAAACUGCAACUCUUGAGGAAAUCAAAAGUCCUCGCCAUUGUUUCGAGUCGUAAAUGUCGUGUGUUUAAGUUGCUACCUUAAAACUCAAACUAAAUUGGCAAGUUUGAGACUGAAAAAAACUAUUUUGAAACAAAAAUUUUUGGACAAAAAUGUUUUCUUUUUAAAAUGCGAGCAGCCAGACUGAACCUCUGACUCGUGAGAAAAUUGAGAGCCUUUGAAGACGCUCUGGAGACUCAACCAGUCCUAGCCUGGUGAGGCGCUACCUCCAAAUUUGCAGAAACUAAAUUGAGACAGGUUUGAGACACUGGCAACUAAAUUGAGAUAAAAUAAAGACACAUUUUGUCACAGCAAUUCUUUUGAAAAAAAUAGUUUCACAAAGAUUCUGAACGUGUUCAAAAGUCCAAACUGUGAAUCUGCGACUGAAACCAAAAACGAAGAAUCCCUGAGAAUGUUGGAGAUUCUUGUGAAUUCCACGAUAAAACUUACAGAAACUAAACUGAGUCAGGUUUCAGACACUCACAACAACGGUGCAUUUAAUUUGAGAGGAAAUUUGUCGUACACAUGGAAAAAAAAUCAAGCAUCGAAACUUGAACUUGUGGGAAAAUUAAAAGUCCUUGCAGACGGUUUGGAGACACCGUUGCAAAUCCCGUUCCCCCAACUAAUCCUAGCCCGGUGAGGUACUGCCUCUAGGUUAAUCAAAAACUAAAUCGAGACAAGUUUGAGGCAUUUGCAACAAUUCUGCAUCUAGUUUGAAAGUUUGUUGCAUUAAUGUAAAAAAAAAUCAAACAAAACAACAACAAAGUCUUUGCAAACGUUUUGAGACUUGUCAUUAAAUUGAGACAGAUUUGAGACUCCUGCAUCAACUCUGAACCCACAAUGAGGAAAUUUGUUGUAUGAAUGUUUAAAAAUUAAGCAAUUAAACUUUAAAAUUAAAAACCCAUAAACAUUUCGAGACGUUCUGGAUUGUAAAUGUUUGAGUUGCAGCCAGAUGAAAUCUCUCUUUGAGACUUAUGGAAACUAAAUUGAGACAGAUUUGAGAAAGUUGCAACAUUUCUACAUCUGUUUUGAGAGAUUUGUAGCACAAAGGUUUGGAAAUCAAGCAACAAAGAAAUUUAGGAGAAAAACACUUCGAGACUUUAAUGAAAACUGUUUUAAGAAAUGGUCACAACUCCGUGAGAUCCGCCUUAAACCUGACAGAAACUAAACAAACAAGUUUGAGAUGAGUUCGGGACGUUUCUGAGACAGGUUUUCGAGACGAAUUUGAGACGCGUUUCAGUCGUGUUUUCGAGACGAGUUUGAGAUGCAUUUGAGACGAGUUUGAGAUGCAUUUGAGACGAGUUCGAGACAAGAUUUUGAGACAAGUUUGAGAUGCGUUUGAGACGCAUUUGAAACGAGUUUUCGAGACGCGUUUGAGACAUGCUUUUGAGACGCAUUUCAAACAAGUUUUCGAGACGUGUUUUUGAGACUCGUUUUCGAGACAAGUUUGARACGUGUUCGAGACGCCGCGAUGACUUAAAGCUUUGAAUAUUUUUCAGCUCAUGAUAAAAAAAACUGAGACUAAGAAGGAAAGUAUGAACACCAGACUUGACCUCUGUGACCCGAAUUCCUGUCAACAAACAGAACGACGAGUUAAAAUAAAAUAUAAAAAUAAAGAAGUUUCCGACGUUAAAGUGAAGUUUUUCUUGUUUCAGAAGACAGUUUUUUUUUAUCGGCUCUGCACUGAAACAAUCAGGGUUAAAACAGAGUCGUUUUUAAAAUAAAAAGUUAUGAAACAGACGUUCCUAAAGGAGUUUUUGUUUUGGUUUUUUUACCUAAAUAAAAGGUGUUUUUGUGCAGCAGAAUCUGCCUGUUUGAGAGGAAAGACACUAAAUUACGAGUUAAUUCAGAAAAAAUCUAAAUCUUUUCUUUAGACCAGAGUUUGUUCCUGAACAGAACUGGUCCUGGUUCUGUACAGAACAGGUUCUGGUCCUGGUUCUGGUCGUUCCUCUGUAUCGUUCUUGAUGCUAACUUUGAGUUGAUGAAUGUAGUUCAGCGCUGUAGAGCUGAAGGUUUUAUUCUAACUACUGUCAUAGCAAACAGAGACUAAUAUGUACAUAAUGUAUAAGUUUAAUAGUAAUUCAUCUAUUUGUAAAUAUCACAAAAUUACUUCAGACUUUGUUUUUUUUCUCCCCUCAUUUCUGCAGAGCUGAAAACACUUGAGCAGGAUCUCACUUCUGUUGAAUCGUGCAAUAAAGUGGUUGAACAUCUGAA